CCUCACGAAGAUUUGAAGCGUGCGAAGCUUUCUGCUCACGCAAUAAUCGAUAAGCUCCCUCUACCUCUCCCUAUUCCCUCAGACGCCUGUCAGGGAUACGGUCUGUCUUGUCCAGUAGACAGCGGAGUCAAGUCGAUGUUCAAGAUUCAUCAAGCUAUCGAGUCCGAGUUUCCUGUCGGUAAUUUGACCUUGAAGGCGGCAGUAACAGAUUCGGACACGAGUCAAGUUGUGUUCUGCUUUGAGGUGGAUCUAGAGAUCGCUUGAUUGGCUGUACAAGGAGGGGUGCUGCGUAUGCUGCCAAGAUUCGAGACCAGAUAAGGAUUGAGGACAUUAUGGUCGGCUAUGCGUAAUGAUUUUCUGUCAAAUGAUAUGUGGUGACAGUAGGAAAAUCAAGAUCUAGAAUGGAUAAAUUUGUUAUUCAAUUCGAGAUGAAACAAUGACAUUAGAGUGCUAUGCCUUUUUAGUCACCCUGGAUAAGUUCAGUGUAAGUAACGGUGGAUAGCUCCACUUAAAUAAUUACCUGUUAAACGUGUUGAAGCAUUAACUAAAAAAAUAUUGAAAAAAUAGUGUGACUACAUAAGUGAAAAUUGACUACCUUAUUUUUUUAGAUUUUUUUAGAUGUUCCCUAAUAUCGCAAACACGUUGAUGAUUACAAAAAUGUUCUUGAAAUGUUUACGUGUUUAGUUAUUUUGUGGGAUAUUGUGUGCGUGUGUAAUGUGAGAGGUGGGAGUGCAGGGUAACGUUAUCAUUAGUGAGUUUCGUCAACAUGGUAUCCAAGUCAGUUAUCUAUAAUUCAACAGCUUUGAUUAAUAAUGACUUUGCUUUCUCUGAGAGCCAAGAGAGCGUUCCAAAGAAAAAUGACCGCAGAAUAAAUAGGGCGGGGUUAAAGGCGGAAUUGAAUUCAUUCAAACUCCAUAAACUUUUUUACGUAGCACGUUAUUGCUCUCUCUUACUUAUAUGGGAAAAAAUUAAAGUAAAAAGCGAAUUAUAGAAUGAUAUGUGAAGGAACUUAUUAGGCUGUAAAAGGAAAAUGGAAUCCAUGCUUGUCUGGCGUGUUUAGAGGAAAUGUGGCUACCGGGCGAUAAAAUUCAUUCAGAUGUUAACGGAAGAAAGGCCUUCGGGCACAGCAAUUAAUAGAUGGUUAUCAGCUCAUCCGUUUUACUUAGGAUCCACAAUAGCCAAGGCAAAUCAUUUUAUCCCGUAUUCGUUUUUACCGAAAUCCAAUUUUCUUAAUAAUUUUCUUAUAUCCCGAAACCGAACGUCUCAUAAAAACGUCUCGCAAAACUCGCAGCCAUCUUGAGGACUUAGAGCUCUGAAUCCUGUACACACAGGGGUACCGUACCUAUCCCGUACCUAUGAUCAUCUGCGGACGGACGAAGAGCGCAAAGCGACAAUAGACUGACAUAGAUAGGAAAAGCUGGAAGAUGAUAAGGGGACAGGAUGACUUAGACGUAAAAAGUAAAUUACACGACGCUUUUUGUAUUCUAAUAUGCCUAUUUAAAAAUGUAGCUGUGUCUCUUAGAAAUAUAUAGUUAUUUCUUAGAAAUAUAGUUACGUCUUUGAGAAAUAUAAGCGAUGUCUCUUGGAAAUAUAGUGAUGUCUCUUAGAAAUAUAGUUAUGUCUCUUAGAAAUAUAGUUAUGUCUUUUAGAAAUAUAGUUGUCUCUUAGAAAUAAAUCUAUGUUUCUUAGAAAUAUAUUUAUGUCUUUUAGAAAGAUUAUUGAUUUAAGUCUCGAACUCUGUGAUUUGCUAGCUGGUAGCUCAUCCAAAUCAAGACUUUAAGGCUGGUCAUAUAUGAUCGCACUCCAUCUCACAUGAUCGCAGGCAAUUGUGUGCGUUUAUAUGAAUUAAACUCACCAUACGAUCGUGUGCGAUCGAGUGCGAUCCUUUGCGGUCAUAUGGAAACCUUUAGUUGCGAUCGUACAGUCAAAAUAGGCACGACCAUGUGUGACCAGUGAGCUUAUAUUAAAAUCAGCCUUUAGGCUACUCCAUUAACUGGAUGAUGGCAGAGAUGGUACUUAAGAAGAUGUCGAUCAAUUUCUCCUUUGUUAUUUUUAUAAUUGAAAAUACAACGGAUUUUUUUAGCAAGGACAUUUCAAAGUUACCAUCCACGAUUAAAGACGGAUACUUUAUUAAUUAUAUUUGAUUGAAAGAUUCUCAGUUACACACUUCAAUAAGCCGAUGGAACUAGAUUCUAAUAUGUGACUUGGCAUCGAGCGGGAGCAUAAAAUGGCGGCGUGAUUGGCCUUCUUUAUUCAUGUUUCUUUGCGACUUCUAUCUAAAUUAUCAGAGACUUGGCACUUCAUCGGGAUUUUGGAAUCCCUAUUCGAACAUGAUCUACCGUUCACAAAAAUGCGUUAAGUAAUUUUAAUGUAAUUUUUAAAAAUGUGCCUUUCUCAUUUUCUCAAUCCAAAUACUUUCUUAUUUAAUAUUUUUUUUUGUGCGUAAGGGUAUAGUCUAAACUAUUUUAGCAUAAUUUUGUUUGUGCGUAAGGGCUAGUCUAAACUACUUAAGCCCGCAAAGGACCACAUGUUGAUCACAUUAUUGCGUAGAAGAUAGAAGCUAUCAUCCUAUGGGGGAAGGGAUGGGCUUGUAGAGAAAGAUAGGUAGAGAAAGAAGAUUAUAGAAAAGUAAGGUGGACACAAAUAGAAGCCAAAACAGCGCAUUUACACUCCAUGACUUUAAUAACUUAUGAUAACAAACGACAUUGAUAUCUACAAUUAAACGUAUAUGACAUUUUGUCAAAUCAUCUUGAUAUGAAUUCUAAAUAUUCUUAUCAAAAGUGUAAAACAGGCUGAGGGCUCAGCUGUCGUAAGGCGGGUAUCUUUUCAGUUUUCAUUGCCAAGUAGAGCACAGGCUAACGAUAGCAUGCCCUACCUUAGCUGUUAGUCGCCCUUGAAGAUCCAUGUAUUAGGGCGACCCUUUGUAUAACGCGCAUUGUACAAAUAAUUAAAGAAAUAGUUCAUUCUGCUUUCCCUCUGAAAUUGAGGUUCAGUUUGAGCUUCCUGUCACGUGACAACCACGUGACAGGAAGCUCGACCUUUAGAAAGCGAACAUACCACGUGGGGGCUUUCUCUUAUCGCGAAUUUAAUUCCUUGUGUACCCAGCUUAAUAACUUCUUAUGAGUUCCUAAGGUGCAAUAAUUGCAAAAUUGGAAAUAUAACCAACCAAUAAAGCCACAAAUUGAUAUCACAUUUCACUCGGAAACUGGCACGCGCCAUGCCUGUUAUUCCCACCCAAGCAUAAUGACCAUUUCAUUGACCAAAACGAUCAUUAUACAUAGCAAUUCUUAUGUCAGUUAGGACUUUCAUUUUGCUAAGACUAAUGACUUCGUUACAGGUGAACAGGGGAUCAGGUUUCUUCUGUAUUCCUAUAUAAUUAUGCAUGAUUUAUAGGCAUUGUUCUUUGCCUCGCGUUAGCAGAGGACAGAAAGUGAUUGUGCUCCGUUUAAAGGUUUUCUUAGCAGGAUUUAGCACAACAUUCCGUGCGUCGAGUGAGACAGUCGUGAGAUCGCUUAGCCAAGAUGAACGCCUCUGUUAGUUUUACUCUCAUUUCUCUUGUUUUCCUUACUAUGCUUUUAGCACAAACUAGAAGUCAUGUGAUACAAGAAACAACUUUUAGUUCCAAGAAAGAGGCAUUCCCACGUGGUCUCCUAGAAAUACUUCUGAGUCGACGAAAGUCUGGUACAGCGGUCAACACCUAUUCUGAUUACGUCACUGAUGACGACAUACUCAAUGAUGAAGACGUUUACCGAAUGUUACCGGAAGUGAAGUGCGGUGCGUACCCGCGGGUCGAGCGGGUCUAUCCCGCGACAGCCUCCACAUCGCUUCCUCGCCAUCCCACUUUUGUCAUGCUUCAUCGGUGCGCCGGGAGCUGCGACCAAACCUACUACGACUGCCAACCCGUACAGUCCAGCAGUUUCUACAUUCCCGUCGAUGACGUCAUAACAAAUCAAGUAACGAUGGUUUCCGUGACAAAUCACACUAAAUGCGCAUGCUCAUGCAAGAUUCCUCAACCGCUGACCUGUGGCACGGACAAGCAAUGGAACAGCGCGCACUGUCGCUGUGAAUGCCGGGAUCCGAAACCGUGCGACCGGCCGCUGGAGGUCUGGGACCCGAAAACCUGCUCUUGUUUGAUGGUCAGAUCUGAUACCGGUAGUAGAACGCUACUUGAUGACAAACGAGCGAUAGGAGUUCACGAAAUAGGCAAGAGACUCAACGCGGUAGAUCUUCCCGACAUGUAUUGCGCACCCUACCCUAAGGUGGUACCAGUCCCCCAGCGGCACUUUUCUCAGUACGUCUUCCCAAUGAACGUUCAACUCCACCGCUGCGCCGGCACGCCUCAAUGCUCCAUCGGCGGCUCACACAUUUGUGCAUUGAAACGGAGAGAGACAAUCCUUCUAAAAGUCACCGAAGCUAACACGGGGAGUUUCAAUUACGUCACUAUGCAUAACCACACUGCGUGCCACUGCGCAUGCACCAAAAAACCUAGCGACUGCAAUCAGUUCCAGCGGUUUGAUGAAAUCGCAUGCGCCUGCGUUUGCAAAAGGAAAUGGAAGUGUUCGGCGGGAAAGACGUGGAAUCCAAAGCUCUGUUACUGCGAAUGCGAAACACCUUGCCUGAAGGAUCAGUCACGUGACCCGGUCACGUGUGCAUGCAUCAGAAGUUGGUGACACAGGAGGCCGGUUCAACACCGAUUAAAAUUUCUCUUUUAGAAAAAAAAAAUACUUCUCUCACAGAUUGUUGUGGUACAUGCAUUUAGAUACACACAUUUCAACUGUUUCUUUGGUUUUAUAUUAAUUGAAUAAUCGAAACAAUAAUGAUAAAUUAUAAAAAUGCAAUACAUAGUACAAAAAGGCAACAAAACAUGACUAUUAGUAAUAAUUGUUGUAUUUUGUUCUUUCGGGUAGGUUAACACAAAGAACUCGAUAUCUCAAGGGUCUAACUUUAAAUGAGAAUAAUAUAGAAAAAUUCGUCUUUUUUCUUAUUUGUUCACUCUUGUUCAUAUGAAAAUAAAAAGGGGACCACCAAA